AUGUUUGAUUUGAAUGUGCCAUGGCCCGUACAGACGUAUAAUAGCCCGUCGCAGCAGCAGCUUACUGGCCUUUAUAACGUAAUAGCUACGUUGUACUGUCUAGGCUAUAAUCACCUAGCCAUAAACUUUAACGUACAAGAAAAUGUCAAACUUCCGUACGGUCAACCGACAUCGAUAAACCCAAUCCCCAUGCAACAGUUGAGAGAGCGAUUCAGUGAAUACCCUAAUUUAAAGCUCUUCUCCAGGAUUACCUUGCAGAUUAGUGAUCCGUCUCAGUGCCAGGGAUUGUCUAAGCUUCAAAAUAUCUUCGAUAUAAUCCUGAUUCAGCCAAAUACUGAAAAAGCAUUACAAUUGGCCACCACAAACCUAGAUAUUGACAUGAUUUCGUUCAGUUUGACUAGUAGACUCCCCUUUUUCCUUAAGCAUAAAACUAUAGGAGCUGCAAUAGACAAAGGCAUAAAGUUUGAGAUAAUAUACUCACUGGCACUCACUGGGCCAGCAGGCUACUUGGUUACGUCAGCCAACGAUAAUAUGACCUUAUCUACAACGGCGCUAUUAGCACGUAAAGUGUUUUUCAAUAAUCUUAUGCAAUUGAUAAGAGCUUCUAGAAGCAAUGGACUUGUAGUAUCCAGUGGGGCGUUCCAACUGGUCCAAGUUCGCAAUGGCCCAGAUAUCUUGAAUUUGUUGCAAACCGUAGGUCUUGAUAGAGCAAGAUCGAAGGCAUGUAUAACAGAUAAUCCAGAAAAGGUGUUAAUUAGUGGUAGAUUGAGAAUCAAGAGCGCUAAACAAGUGAUAGCUGUGAAUAAUGACGAAUCUAUGGAGGGACUUUUGUAUUCCAACGAGGGAGAAGAUCCAGUGAAGAAAACAGAAACCGCAGGUUUUACGAAGAAGUUGUCUGACACUUCCAGUGGUAGGUUAUUAAAAAAGCAGAGAAUAGUCUGA